AUGGGAAACCCAAGUAAUGGCGAAGACAUCGACCCACAAACCCUCGAGAGCGGAAAGGAGUCCUACGGCGACGACCAUGCCCCUUCAUCGCAAAGCAAGAAACUUGUGCUGAAGCAAGACCUUCGUAUCGUUCCCUUGAGCGCUGGGAUUUAUCUCUUAUGCUUCUUAGACCGGAGCAACAUAGGCAAUGCGAAAGUUCUCAACGAAGACACUGGCGACGACCUGUUGGACGAGACCAACAUGACCAACACGCAAUAUGUCAUCGCUUUGAUGCUGUUCCUGGUCGCUUACGGUCUCUUCGAGGUCCCUUCGAAUUACAUGCUCAAACGACUCAGCCCGAGCAGAUGGAUUGCCUUUCUCAUGCUGGUCUGGGGUGCUAUCACAAUGGGCUUGGGCGGCUCGCAUGACUUUGCUACUGUGACUGCGCUCCGCUUUCUGUUGGGUGUGUUUGAAGCUGGCCUCUUUCCGGGUCUUGUUUAUUACCUCACAUUCUGGUAUCGGACCGAGGAGAGAUCCAUCCGCGUUGCGUUCAUCCUAGCAUCUGCAACGUUAGCUGGAGCUUUCGGUGGGGCGAUUGCAUAUGGUGUCGGCCACAUGAAUAACGUUUCCGGACUGAGUGCAUGGAGGUGGCUGUUCAUACUGGAAGGCCUACCUUCUCUCCUCUCCGCGGUUCUCGUCUGGUUCUUCCUCCCAGACUAUCCCGAGACAGCAAGUUGGCUGAACGAAGACGAACGAUCGCUUGCAGUAGAGCGGCUGAAGGUUGAAGGUUCCCAUGGACAUAGCCCUCAUUUGACUUGGGAGGAGGCUCGGGCGACGCUGACUGACUGGCGGCUUUACGUCCAUUACGCCGUCUACUUCGGAAUCUCAACCCCCUUCUCCUCCCUCUCACUCUUUACACCGACCAUCACAUGUGGCCUCGGAUACGACGGUCUUCGAGCCAAUCUCAUGACCGUUCCUCCUUACGCAGUGGCCUACGUUGUCCAGGUCCUCACCAGCUGGUCAGCCGAUCACUUCAACGCCCGUGGUCUACAUUCAGCUGUAAUGGCAGCCAUCGGCGCUCUAGGCUUCCUAGUCUCAGCUGUACUGCCCCCAGACGCCUACCUCCACCGCUACGGCUGCUUGAUCGUUGCGGCAUCAGGAGCCUUCAGCUGCAUCCCACCUCUUCUCGGAUGGCUGAGCUCGAACGUCUUCUCCACGGCAUCGAUUGGUCUGGUGAUUGCUUUGAACAUUAGCUUUGGCGCACCAGGACAGAUCACUGGUGUUUGGAUCUACAAGGCUGGCGAAGCCGAAAUUGGCUAUCCAACCGGUCACUGGGUCAAUUGCGGGCUGCUGUUCUUCGUUGCGGUGGGAUGCGUUUGCUUGAACCUUUACUAUCGAAGUUUGAACAAGAAAGUCAGAGCGAGCGGAGGUGGUCGGCUGUACAAAUACUGA